GACCGAUUGUUCUCCAGCUAAGUUCGGAUUCGGAGUCUUUCAACUUCUCUACACACUUUAGGAACAGAGGAUAGAGCCUCAAUUUAGUCUUCUUCUUGUUUGUUUUUACCUUCCCCCCAACAAAUUACCAUUCGAAUAUUAUUUCUUUUGUUUUCCGUUCUUUGAUUUUCUUUUCUUCCUUUCGUUUUCUUGAGGGGGGUAAUGUUUCAAAUGGGCUCUUAUCCAGCAACCUUGCUUCUUGUGUCCUUCUUCCACUUCAGCCAUCCUUGGUCAGUGAAUAAUUUCCUGAUGACUGGUCCCAAGGCAUACCUUAUCUAUUCCAGCAGUGUUGCAGCUGGUGCACAGAGUGGAAUUGAAGAAUGCAAGUUCCAGUUUGCUUGGGAUCGCUGGAACUGCCCAGAGAGAGCUUUGCAACUGUCUAGUCAUGGAGGUCUGCGCAGUGCAAACCGAGAAACAGCCUUUGUCCAUGCUAUCAGCUCUGCUGGAGUCAUGUAUACACUAACAAGAAAUUGCAGCCUUGGAGACUUUGACAACUGUGGCUGUGAUGAUUCCCGUAAUGGACAGCUUGGAGGACAAGGAUGGCUGUGGGGAGGCUGCAGUGACAAUGUAGGAUUUGGGGAAGCCAUUUCCAAGCAAUUUGUGGAUGCACUUGAGACAGGACAGGAUGCGAGAGCAGCAAUGAACCUGCAUAACAACGAAGCUGGCAGAAAGGCAGUGAAAGGGACCAUGAAGAGAACCUGUAAGUGUCAUGGAGUGUCUGGAAGCUGCACCACUCAGACCUGCUGGCUGCAACUGCCAGAGUUUCGAGAAGUGGGGACAUACCUGAAAGAGAAGUACCACAAAGGACUGAAAGUUGACCUUCUCCAAGGGGCGGGCAACAGUGCUGCCAGUCGUGGGGCAAUUGCUGAAACCUUUAGCUCCAUCUCCAAGAAGGAAUUAGUCCACCUGGAAGACUCACCUGAUUACUGCUUGGAGAACAAAACUUUGGGCCUACUGGGGACUGAAGGCAGAGAGUGCCUGAAGAGGGGCAAGGCCCUCAGCAAGUGGGAGAAACGUAGCUGCCAGCGCUUGUGUGGGGACUGUGGCCUCGCUGUGGAGGAACAGCGAGCUGAAAUGGUGUCCAGCUGCAACUGCAAAUUCCAUUGGUGUUGUGCAGUUCGUUGUGAACAGUGUCGUAAGCGGGUCACUAAAUAUUACUGUGUCCACAAAGAGAAGCGGGAGCACAUUGGGGGCAGUCCAACCGCACGCAAAUCCAAAAGGAAGCAGCCUUGAAACAUUUGUGUCAACUAACAACGUUCUUGCUCUCAUAUAGUUCUUCCCUUUCACUUUACUUUCCACUGCCAGAUUCACUUUGGGUUUUCUGCAUGGCAGAAGCUUAGAGAAAUUCCAGCUAAGGUGAUGCUAACCCUAAGCCCCUAGGCUUCCUUUUAAUCCCAAGAUGUUUCUUUCUCAAGCAAGAAAGCACACUUGCUUUUCAGAUGGUCUAUACUCACUAAGAAGUAUGUCGCAUGCUAUCCAUUUUCUUUGCAGCCUUUGGGUUUGUUUACCCAGUCAACAGGGAGAAGUUCUCUAUUACAGCAGGGAAUCCCAGGCACAUUUCAGCAGGGAAUCCUAAGCAUGGGAUUCUCUACAUAGGCAGGGGAUCCCAGGUAUGUUUUAGUCAUAUGCAACCCUUCUUGCUCUCUCUCAAUGACAGCUUUUCCCAUAUGGGGCUGCCAUUAGCCAUGAAGUUUUUGUGAUGUAACAUGUCUGAGAUCAGGAUUAUGCUUCUUUUUAGAGAACUAACAAUGACAGCAGACUCCAUAUUUGCACACUUUAAAUGU